UUGUAUCACAAAUAAAAGAAGUUCAAACAUCGCUUGUUUCACGAAUAAAAACAGGUCAGAAACCCUAAAACUUUGGCCAAGUCAUCCAGAGGAAGCAGCCAGGCUACAAGAUGGAGAAACUCGUCCUGUUGAUGUUGAUGUUGGCAACUUGUUACGCAACACCCAAAGAUCUGUCAGGAAAAGUGUUUGUCUUCCCCAGAGAGACCACCACUGAUUAUGUGAAGCUCCUCACAUCCCAAACGCAGUUCAGCGCUGUCACUGUCUGUCUCAAAUUCCUCACAGAUCUCAAGAGGAACGUCGGUCUCUUCUCUUUGGCCACGGUCGGACACAGCAACGACUUUGUGCUCUUUAGGAUGAACGACGUGAUUGAGGUUACCGCUCGGGACGUCAGCGUUAACUUCCUGUCGCUGCCGCUUACUCCAAACACCUGGCACAGUCUAUGUUCCACCUGGAGCUCUGCCAACGGCUUGGCUCAGUUGUGGCUGGACGGCAAACCAUCCAUCAAGAGAUUCAUCUCCGAGCAGCCCAUCACCGGGACGCCCAUCUCCAUCCUGGGCCAGGAGCAGGACUCCUACGGUGGAGGAUUCGAUUCCGAUCAGUCCUUCGUUGGGGUGAUUUCCCGGAUGCACAUGUGGAACUAUGCCCUCUCCCCGGCUGAGAUCAAACGCUAUGUGAAUAACGGGAACUUCUCCCCAGGAAAUGUGUUUAACUGGAGAGCUCUGGAGUAUGAAAUCUAUGGGAAGGUUUUGGUGGAUGAGGAGCCUGAUGAUAUGUAGCAACAGGACCAAAGUUUUAACUCCCAGUUGUCACCAUGUAAUCCUGACCAGGAAUAAACCAGUGAAUGCAUA